AUGGCGCAGAUUGAUCGACUACGAUCCAAACUGGGGCUCCUAGAUCGCCAGAAGUCGGGUUCACGCAAUCACUCCUCCAAUUUCAGCUCCAGCACUUCAAGCAUCAUUGCGCCUCCUCCGUCUGAAUCGGUUACAAGUCUAUGCGGAGCACCAAUUGACGGGUACAUGGAUAUCAACUCCAGUGAGGACACAAACCCCGGCGUGGCGGAAUCAUGGAUACGCGCCAUGGAUAAAGAGGACAUCCUGGAGGGAGAGCGAAUGGAGACACAGACUCCAUCGUCGAAUACUGGACGCCCCGGUACCUUGCUUGCCGUCAUGAAGCCAUUCGUGGACUCUGAAAUUCCGAAGCACCUCGAGAUUUGCGUCUCACCAACGCUUGGUAGCCUUCCACGGAUUGGAGAAGGGUUCGCCAAUCGCAGGAAGGAUGCGGUAUAUCGUCCAUCACGAUUAGCUACUGGGUUAUAUAUGGCCGCAGUGACCGACACAACCCUUGACGAUCAAUUAGUUCCGAGAUUAAACCAGACUGCCCUGGUGCUUCAUACAUUAAGAGCAUUCGACCAGGCAUUCGACGUUUUCUUGACCAUAUUUGGCCACCUCCGUCAAAGCCAGGCAGAUUCCCCCGCUCAACAGUUUCAGGUGGUCGUCGCAGCAAUCAACUGUGCCCGUUCGGCUCGCACACGAGUUCAUCGAGAAGUAGCUCGGGAAAUACUCGAGGAGGUUCGUCACCGAUUAGCAUUGUAUUUGGGAGUGGGGGUCAUCGAGCAUACUAAUAUCUGGAUGUACCUGACACACCUGCACUGCGAGCUUGCUCCGAAGGAAGCCGGCAAUCUCGUCGAAUCCUUACCAGUCAGCCUGGAAGCUCAGAUUGCCCACUGGACUGUCACAGCUUCAUGUUGCCGCAAUGGCCUAGUUCAUGAGCCUCCUAAUGUUUGGGACCAUCUCAGUACUCAGACUGUCCGGCAAGUGUUCGACGACGCUUUGGCACAUAUUCGCAACUGUGAGCGCAGCCGAGAUGCUAUCACUGAUUCUUUGAGAACCACGCUUGAUUACGUCGAGGCAAAUUCGGUCUACCUUGAUAUACUUCUAGACCAGCAUUGGGGAGCCUGCGGCAAGGAUGGCAGUCAUAUUGCCCAGGCAAUUUCCUGCUUGAUCUUUGAAGAUCACUUGGAAAGGGUGACCUCGACGCCUACGCUUUACUCGACAUUCCCUUUGUGUUAG